UAUAAAAGCAGGUGCAGCUCCUCACCUCCAGCAGCAAACACCUCUGGUCUCCUGAAGAGAAGUAGCGGAGCCGAGCCGAGAACCUACGAAGAACCAGAGACAUGGCCUCUAAAGUUGCAGCUCUGCUCUUGCUGGGUAUCAUCUGCUUCGGGUUUGCAGCAGCUGACGUUCCAGCUGACUGCUGUCUGAAAACGUCCGACAAACAUUUCCCCGCCAAACUCAUCUCAAGCUACAAACUUCAGGAUGCAGGGAAAGGCUGCGACAUCAAGGCUACUGUGGUCAUCACAAAGGCUGGAAGGCAGCUGUGUCUCGUCCACUCCGAUGGGAACCCAUGGGUGCAAAGGGUCCUUCAUGCUGUGGACAAGAGAACAUAAGCUCAGUGAAUGAGGACCGGAGACAAGUGGCUGAAGAUGAAAAUGAUGGCUGAGAACAGAAUCAUUUCAGUCUCAGAGCAGCCGUGUUGUACUGUACAAGACGUCUGAGAGGAUGAGAAUCAUCGCCUCUGGCACCUUAUUUAUCUUAUUUUUAUUUUAUUUUAUCCGGAUGUUUUUUCUUCAUUUGUGGUGGCGGUGUAGUUGUGGUUGUGGCUGCCUUUUUCUUUCUGCUUUUUUACGAUGAGUGACGUGUACUGUAAAAAUAGAAACACCUGCCUUGACUUGCCCAAAGAGUUUUGUUGUUUGUUUAAUACUGUAUGCUGCUAAAUUUUCAGUGCUGUGUUUGUGACGACUUGUAGAAAAUGUUGAAAGGAUGAUUUGUGGAUAUUGAGACUGUUACUGAGAGUUACUUUAAAAUAAACUUUUGAUACUAUUUUGUAAA